GCAGGGACGGACAACAAGCCUCCGCUGUGUGCGCACUGUGGAAAAGUCACUUGGUGGACGAAGCGGAGUACACAGCCAACACAGAGAUUUCAAACAUUAGCGUAUGAUACUUUUCUUGUGUUUCAUGGAAGUAUCCGGUUUUAUUCCGUCUUUGAGUCCGUUAUUUUAUGUAGGAGACAGCGGCGUGCUGCACCGUUAGAAGUCGGUGAAAAGUCGACCACUGUCACUUUUGAUUCAUGGGCUCAACACGGACUUCAGCUAAAAACACUUCUGUCAAGAGCCUGAGGAGAGGUUGACUUCAUUCAUUGAAUAUCCAGAUUUAGGGGACAUGAAGUUAUCUUUGGACAGCAUGGGCUUCCUGAAGAUUGUGCUGUUCAUCUUCAAGGUUGUUUUACUGACCGACUGCGCAAGAGGUCCUCCGAGGGUGUCUGAGAAUGUCUCUCACAGACAGAUGGCUCGGCUCGGGAGCGACAUCAAGCUGCCCUGCCCGGUGGAAGGAGACCCUCCGCCCCUCAUAAUGUGGACCAAAGAUGGGCGCAACAUCCACAGCGGCUGGAUCCGUUUCCGUAUCCUCCGCAUGGGCCUGAAGAUCAAGGAGGUGGAGGCGGACGACACGGGGACCUACAUCUGCAAAGCCACCAACGGCUUCGGGAGCGUUAACAUCAACUACACCCUUAUCGUCAUCGAUGACUCGGGUUCUGAUAAAACUGGACCUGGUGCAGCUGAUGGAGCAGAGUCUAACCUGGGUACUGAUGGCUUGGCAGAAAAACUUGUGCGUCCCCGCUUCUCUCAGCCUGCUAAAAUGAGAAAACGCGUGAUAGCUCGACCCGUCGGCAGCUCGGUGCGGCUCAAAUGCACGGCCAAUGGAAACCCUCGACCGGACAUCGUGUGGCUGAAGGACAACAGGCCGCUGACGGAGCAGGAGGUCGGAGAAGGCCGCCAGAAGAAGUGGACUCUAAGUCUGAAAAACUUGACACCGGAGCACAGCGGCAAAUACACCUGCAGGGUCUCCAAUCGGGCCGGAGAAAUCAACGCCACGUAUAAAGUCGAGGUCAUACAGAGGACCAAUUCCAAGCCUAUUUUGACCGGCACUCACCCGGUCAACACGACGGUAGACUACGGAGGUACCACGUCGUUCCAGUGCAAAGUGAGGAGCGACGUGAAGCCGGUUAUUCAGUGGCUCAAACGCGUGGAGUCGCACGAGGAGAGUCGCUACAACUCCACCAUCGAGGUAGGGGACCACCGGUUCGUGGUGCUGCCCAUGGGGGAGGUGUGGUCGCGACCCGACGGCUCCUACCUCAACAAGCUGCUCAUUACUCGUGCCAAGGAGGAGGACGCUGGCAUGUACAUCUGCUUAGGCGCCAACACCAUGGGCUACAGCUUCCGCAGCGCCUUCCUCACUGUGCUGCCAGACACGAAGCCUCCCAUCAUGCCUAUGUUCUCGCCGACCUCCAGCUCCCUCCCCUGGCCCGUCAUCAUCGGCAUCCCUGCUGGAAUAGUGUUCAUCUUUGGCACCGUGCUGCUGUGGUUCUGCCAGAGCAGAAAGCACUGCCCCCCUCCAUCGGCAGCAGCUGCUCCUGCACAGGUCCUGCAGCAGGGCUCCCACCGGCUGCCGUACCGAGAGAGGGAGCGGGGAUGCGUGGCUGCCUCCUCCAGCUCCUGCAGCCCAGAGAAAGACUGCAUGAGCUCCAUGAACUAUGAGGAGUACCUGGCGCAGCAGCAGCUCCUCCUCGCACAGGGAGGAACGACAAUCCCCCCUAAAAUCUACCCCAAAAUCUACACUGACAUUCACACGCACACCCACUCCCACGUGGACGGGAAAGUACAUCAGCAUCAACACAUUCAUUUUCAGUGUUAGCCUCGGUGCCAAAGAGGGACAAUGAGCUCUGGGACUGAACAGCGGCUCCCUAACACUUGGCAUUACUCUUUAAAGACUUCACGUAGCUGGAGUGUGUGCAUGUGCGCAAAAAAACAGUGGCCAGUGGCACGUACUUUGUGUUUUUACAUCCAAACUUCCAUAUUUGGUGCUUAUUUGUGACCUGUCAGAUUCUCACACCACUAAAAAUCCAUGAAUCCU